AUGGGGAACAAUGUAUCUGGAGAUCUUCAUGAUAACAAAAAUUAUCCUCGCUUCUGCGACAACGAGGACACUAUGACGUUUAAAUCCUUGAUGAACUUUGGAGGCUACAAGGAUUCUUAUUAUCCUAACGUUGAUAGGUACCACAGUGGCCCUGCUGGUGGCUACCAUCACAGCGGAUCUGGAGGAUACCAUCACAGCGAAUCUGGAGGAUACCAUCAUAGUUCACGAGGUGGUAAAGGUAAAGGAGGCGACAAGGGAGCUGCACUUAGUGCUCUAACGUUGCUUGCUUUUCUCUUCUUACUGAACAUCAUGCAGCAAUCGAUGCAGGACCAGAAUCCCAUAAUAACGACCACAGCGGCAACGAUUGUUCUGCGUGACAACGAUCAGCCAGUGGUGGUGGACGCGAAGGAGGAAAAGGAGAAUACUAAGAGGGAGGAGGCGAAGCCCGCCGGUAGUUACAGGACGCCAGCAAAAUCCAAAAUCCAAAGGCUUAACAGUCAAUAUAUUAAAUGAAAUCAGAUUAGUACACAAUGAUUCAGUACAGAGUUAGUUGAAAGUAGAUGAAUUAAAAUGAAGAACUUUGCACCGAGACCAGAAUCGCAAGCUGUUCUCGUACACGUUUAACAAUGUCAUCCUUAAAAGAUCGCCAGCAUUGAAAUCGUAUUAAGAUAAUAUUUAUUGAAUUCAUUCUGUAACAAUUCCAUAAACAGACGUGCUUCGAAAUAUCGUAUAAGUAGCAUCAUACGUUAUUCUCAUAAUUCACACUCCGCCAUUAUUUUUCCUCUUUUCCCUCUUCGUCUUUCGUAAUUCCAAUUUUCCUUCUCUUUCUAUAUAUACAUAUAUAUAUAUAUACAUAUUUAUUUAUUUAUUUAUUUAUAUCUUGUUCGUAAUGUAAUUCUUUCAUUCGUGUGUGUAUAUAUAUAUAUAUGUAUAUAAUAAUAGCCGUAUAAUUUCCUUGAGGAUAAACAUACAUAUAUACAGCGAAAAAUGUCCAUCUCUUUCUUUCGUUCUUUUCUUCUCUUUUCUUUUUCUUUCUUUUUUUCGUUCAUCCUCGAAAUUUCUUAUAAUCGUUUUACGCGCGAACGAAUUUGCGGAUACGAACACGUUACUUCCGGUAAGUCGACGCGGAACUCAGUCGAAAGUUAUUAUAUUUAUAAGAAUAGACUCUAUAGGAAUAAAUAAUUUGCUGUUUCUCAGAAAAUAACAGGCUUAGAGCCGUCCGCGACGAAGCUUCUUGCUUUUAUCUUCUUUCCUACGGAUUUCUUUUUUGUCUUUUACGCCACUUUUCUCAUAUUUUUUUCUCUUUCUCCCUCGUUUCGUUUCGUUUCUCUUCCCUUUUUCUUUUCUUCUUUCCAUCUCUUUUUUCCCCUCGCGCCUAAAGAAAAAGAUUCUUAUUACAGUUAACAUCGAGCGGAGUUGUUUCUUCAAUUUCCCUAUUACUUUAAUUAACAACGCGAGUCGAUCGUUUCCCAUUGUCGGAUCUAUAAAUAUUUAUUUCCUCGGUCUGUUUCUCGAAUAUUCCUUGCUCUUCUCUUCGUCACCUGGACGCUCCUUUCACCGCGAUACAACGAUGAUGACCGCUUUGCGUGCAACUUCCGGUUCCUCAACCAGACGACUCGACCAGCGACGAGCUCUGAACAACCCACCAGAGGAUCUUCGAGAUCGAAUCAGAAGCGAUUCAACCCAGAUACGCCUAAUUUUCUGUAGAAUAAUUGCAAGAUCACCGUGUUACUUUUUUUCUUUGAAUAGUUUGAAUAAAAGCGAACGUACAAUAAUUUGUUAUUAACUGUUGAAAGCUGUUAUGGGUUAAACUCCAUCUUAUGCGAAUUUUGUCUGAAGAGUAUCGUCUCUUGAUUGUACCACUCUAAUCUUAUUCGUAACCAACGCGAGAAUAACAUUUUUAUUUUUAUCUUUCAUUUUCAAUAUCGACAAAUACCAAAAGAUUGACUUGCACUCUUUUUCGAUUCGAUUGGCUUCUAAACUAAAAAGAACAUCGUUUCAUCUGUGGUAUAGUAUUAACAUGAAUUUUUUUAAUGUUAACUUAACGACCAAUAACGUACUAAUAUAUGGUGAUAAAUUAAUAAAAAACGUUAACGUAACAACUUCACUAAAUGGCGGAAGCGAAGGGGAAAUUCAGACAUAUCUGCGUCAACGAAUAAUAGUAAUAGCAGAUGAUAAUAAUAAAAUCCUCUGAGAUUACUACGAGGCCUACGAACACGUUCGAGUCAAACUUUUAAGCGACAUUAGAAGAUUUUUUCAGAGAAAAAAGAUGGGGCGAAAGAAGCUCGUCGCCGUGUCGAACGAUCUCGCAUCGAGAACCAUUUGCCUUGGAUUAACAUUGCAAAACCCGUGUAUUCCCAUCUAUUGUUAACAUUCCUGAACAUUCGCGAUAUUUUUUAACAAAUAGUUCCUUCCUUUCCUUCUUUUCUCGUCUUUUUCAUAGAUUUCUCGCCUCGUGGACGAUUCCUUGGCCACGGAAUUCCACAACUUCCGGUACACGCUGCUGCCUCCAGUCUCGCAACUUCCUGACGGCGAGAGAGCAUUCUACAGUCUAGUGUCUAGAGGAACGCGAUGUUUGAAAUGAUUGAGCCACCCGUCAAAACACAAACACCAUUUUUAUUCUCUUUCUCCGUCCGGUUGCUUCCCUUCUUUCUUAUCGCUUCCUUUUUCUCUCACACUCACUCUCUUCUUUUCUCAUUUUCUUCAUUUCUCCUUAAUUUCUCUCCUCUCUUGUCUCUCUUUCUCUCCCACUCUCUCAUACCACGAUUCUCUGCAGCAUGCGCCCUCCGAUUCUUUUUUAUUUACACAACAUAUUUUUUUUUCUUUAGAAACAUCGAAAUAUCUCGGUAGACGUCCGCUAGUCGUCAAGUAGCUUAAAAAGUAACCGUGUAACGACGUGUAUUGCUAAGGGAGGCUGGAGGGGUGGUUGUAAUCGGGCUGCAACGCCCCAGUGAGUCUUAGGAGUUUCCCUCGAGGCUCCUCUACACGUUCCAACACGUCGCGACGCGCGUUUUAAGUUCUUCAUGCGAUUUAGCUUUCGCGACUCGUGUUACAGGCCAUGUAUUUCGAUUAUGGAAGCAAUUUGUAUCGAUGCAGGAGUCAGAAUUGCGACUUGGUCGGUGGGCAAGGUCCGAUCGGACGCAGCUUUCGACAUAUCGCGGAGGGUGGCAACGAUACCGAACGUAAUUUACGGUAGACUCUGAUCGUUGUAUUUUGUUUCUCGAUGCUCGACCGAACCUUAUCCGACAGACGUUGAAAAGCAGAAUCACGUAGACGCGAAUAAUCUCUACGAUCGUUCGGUUCGUUCGUUGCUAGUUGCUUCGAUAACGGGGAAUUAGAAAAUCCGUCGCUCUCGAUUAACCGUGUUUCUGGCCAUUUCUUUUUAGUCUUCGAUUUUGUAUUCUUCGCGAUCAACCUCCUAGUACCGACAACGACGCUGGAAUUGCGAAAUGCUGGGACA